UAUCAACAACAAGAGAAUGGUUUCCUGUGGAACGAGAUCAUGUCGAAAUAACCGAGUGUGGCCUUAGGGUUUCCUCAAGUAAUGUUCAUCUUGUCAUUUUCUGUUUUUGUAGAAACACAGACUUUGCAAUGACAAGGUUUCCGAUAAAAGCUCACCUUGGGAAAUGGAUACAUCUCCUCUCCCAGUGAAGGAAAACUCUUAUGUUGCCGUGGCCACGGACAGGGUUUCCGAAUAUUCCGACACAGGCUCGACAAAGAAAAUGCCGAAAAAAAUGACUCGAAAGUGGGAAGUGUUUCCUGGGAAGAACAAAUUCUGUUGUAAUGGGCGGAUCAUGAUGGCACGGAAUACUGGGAUAUUCUACUUCACUUGUAUAUUAAUCGUAGUGACAAGUGGUUUAUUUUUUGGAUUCGACUGCCCAUACCUGGCAAGAAAUGUCACCCCAGCCAUUCCAGCAUUUGGAAUUGCCCUAUUUAUUUUUGUAAUGUCUACCCUGUUCAGAACAAGUUUUAGUGAUCCGGGAGUGAUACCCAGGGCCUCGCCGGAUGAGGCUGCAGAUAUUGAGAGACAGAUAGAGGUCCCUAAUUCUACCCCAGGGACAUACCGCCCACCCCCAAGAACCAAGGAGGUAGUUAUUAAGGGACAAGUUGUCAAAUUAAAGUACUGUUUUACAUGCAAAAUAUUCCGACCGCCGCGAGCCUCACACUGCAGCCUUUGUGAUAAUUGUGUCGAGAGAUUUGAUCACCACUGCCCCUGGGUGGGGAACUGUGUUGGAAGGAGGAAUUAUCGCUACUUUUAUUUAUUUAUUCUCUCCCUAUCCAUACUUUGUAUCUAUAUAUUCGCCUGUGUGCUUACUCACCUCAUUUUACGUUCACAGGAAGACAAUUUUUUACAUGCAAUGCGAGACUCCCCUGCUAGUGUGAUAGAGGCCAUUAUCUGUUUCUUUUCUGUGUGGUCAGUGGUGGGCUUAGCAGGAUUUCAUACAUAUCUAGUAGCUUCAGAACAAACCACCAAUGAAGAUAUAAAAGGCUCCUACUCUGCAAAGAGAGGGCAGGACAAUUUCAACCCCUUCAGUCAGGGAUCUAUAUUUAGAAACUGCCUGGGUGUUUUGUGUGGUCCUACUCCCCCAAGUCUGUUAGACCGUCGAGGUUUUGUCAUCCCUGACAGUUCACAGUCACAAGGGGUAAAUGCUUCUACUGGCAAAGAGAGUAAUGCAGUCAAUGUUAAACAUGAAUAUUAUGGAUCUACUAACAAUACUAAGACUAACAAUGUGGGAACAAACACCGGUAACCAUGUGACAGGAAGUAAUGGCACGGGACCGGUGAUGAAACAGAUGAUAAGUUACCAGACAGCGGACGGGUCAAUCAACAGCCGACUCCCGCCCACCAAUGGGAACAGUUCAGUCAUAGGAUAUAAAGAUUCCCAGCAUCCGCUAAGUGUGACAUACACAGAUGUAUCAGAGGGGGGUCGCUGGAGCAGCAGAGAUCCUUACAGCAAUUCUGGGAGUCAAACACAACAGCAAUCAUUUAACACAUGAUUACACCUUGACAAUUUACAUAUGAAAUCCACUGAACCUUACUUUGUAUAUUGUAUCUGGGAAUGCUUCCUGUCUGUUUACGUUAUGUGAUAAUUUAGUUGGAUUUUAUUAUAUGAAUUUUGUUGUGUGUGUAGAGAAGAUGUAUUAUGCAUGUGACCAAAAAAAGCACAUUAAUGAUUAUGAUUGCAAAUAUAUUUAUGUGUGCUGUUUGAAAAAUUGACAUAGGAUGUACUCUAAGUACAGCCAUAUAUAUCAUGUAUAUUGUAAUUUAUUGAUAAUGUUUUGUCACUUAGAUUGUGGAACAAAUUUAUGAAAGUUAUAUAAUAUUUAAAAUCAGGUUCUGUUUAUUGCUAAAAUACAGAUUUAUUGUUGUAAAAGUGAGGGCUAAAUCUGCGUAAUGCUUUAAAAAUCAUCUAAUAUGUUUUACUUUUUCAUGAAAGAAAUUUAUGAAACAAAACCAAAUCCAUAAUUUGGGAAAAAAAUUCAAUAAAAGAUCAUGAAUAGAAUUUACCAAAUUUAGCAGAUUGCAGUUACUAUAUUGUAUCUCCAGUGUAUGUAAGAAUACAUAUAACUAUGUAAACUAUUUCACUUUAAGCUUAUAAAGCUUUUUGCAUGUAGUGGAACAAAUUUUUGAACAAGAAUUUUUUUUUUUUUUAAAUUAAGCAUAUACUUCUAUUAAGUACUCCAGAUUAGAGAUAUAAUUUUAAUUCAAAGUUUGACAGAUAAUUUGGUUAUAUAAAUCUUAAAGACAUAAUAGACUCCAGUUGUUGAAUAUUUAAUUCCUAAUGAAUGACACCACACGAAGUUUUUCAUAUAGAUUUUGGCAGGGACAAACAUUCCAGUUACUAACAUUCAAUAUUUCAGUCCAUCUUUAUUCUUUCGUAGUAGUAUCAUUAUACACCUGGUGUCUUGAUACACCUAAUGUCAUCAUACACCUAAUUCAUUCUUCCAAGAGUGCUUGUAUUUUCUGGUUGACUGCUUACAUUCAUAGAGGGAUGUCAUACUGGAGCGAGUUGUUUUGGAUGUGACAGAAGUUUUUUUUAAUUAAUCUUGUUAUCAGAAGUUUUGAUUUUAUUUUGAGUCAGAAUGCCUCUGAUCUCUGUAAUAUCUGAGAUAGCAGUGGUCAGCACUAUACAUCAUUUGUAGAUGUAUAGUGCAUGGGUAUUAGUUCAACAAAUGUGUUUUCUUAAAAAUAAUGCAGAGGUUGUUAAUUUUAAAACUUUGUUGGUAUUUAAAUGUUGACACGAACAAAAAUUUGGUCUAUGUUCUUUAUAUCCGACUACACUUUAAGAUGUAUUUGAAAUAAUGUCACAAUCCAGUCACAUUAUAAUGGUGGUGUAAGUCAGACAGGCAGGGGCUGAUAUGUAUUCCCUAUAAAAAAAAAAAGCUAGUCGCUGCUCAUUUUACAUUCAUAACAGCAUUUUAAAAUUUGAUCUGUUGAUCUCUCUGCAAAGGUCAAAUGUAACUGCAUAGGUGAUGGAGAUUUUACAUUUUAUAUGAUGAGUUUGCAGUAAUUGAGCGCCGCUGGGGCAUUUCUUUUUCACCAAUACAUACUAUUAUUAGAUCAUUUCUUAACAGUCAUACUUUUGCUUAGCUAUGAUGUUUUCCAAGCUUUUGAUUCAGUAGUUAUGAUAAAUUGUGUAGAUUUCCAAAAUUAUUGACUUGUAGGUUACUGUGCAUAUAAAUAUACUUGUAUAUGCUUAACCAUGACACAUGCAGUAAUUCAUAUCGUAAUAUGAAUAACCAGCCUGGACUUCAUGUUUAGGAGUUAUUAAAUGGCUUGUCUCUUGUCACAUUUAUUUUUAUCACUACAAUUACAUUUAUAUUUUAUCACUACAAUUACAUGAGUAAGAGUGUGUUGACAAAAAGUUAUCCGUCAAAAUCAAAUUGUUUGUAUGAUACAGUUUAUAAUUGAGAAGUAAAUGUGAUCAUCUUUAAGUUUUGUAUUCUAAGAUAUGGAAUAAACUGAUUUUUAUUUAGA